CCGCCUCUCGGUUGUGUGUCUCUCGGGAGGGGUGCCGCGCUUGCAGCGUCGGGAGAAGGGCCUCGGAAGCAUAGGGCGCCACGCCGUUCCCGUGUUGGCCCCUCCCAUUGCUGCGCCCUCCUCCUCUCCCCGCCGCCGCUCCUCCCGUUUCUGCCCGUCCCCCUCCGCAGCCGUUUUGGCUCCAGCCGCUUCUCGUUCCCCCUCGAGACCGUGCACCGCUCCUCCUCGGACGAGGUCAUGGCGCCCAAGGCCCUCGUGAUGCCCGCCCUCUUCGGCAGCGCCGCCGCCUUUGUGCCCGCGGGGCCCCAGCUGCGCGCCAACAUCGCCGCGGUGGGCCAGGACGCGGCGCCGCUGCCCAGCGCCGCCCCCGCCGCGGGGCUGGCGCUCGGCAGCGCCAUGGCCGCGUCGGUGGCAGUGGCCGGUGCGGCCGCCCUCGUCGCGAAGGGCGUGCGCGCCCGGCGCGCCGGGAAGCCGUCGGCGGUGCGUGCGCAGCGUGCGGUGGCGUGCAAGGCGGAGAACCCCCGCGUGGCGGCGCUGCGCUCCGGGAAGAAGACGGUGAAGAUCUCGCCUUCCAUCCUCUCGGCCGACUUCUCGCGCCUGGGGGAGGAGGUCGGGGACGCGCUCAAGGCCGGCGCGGACUGGGUCCACAUCGACGCUAUGGACGACGGCCGUUUCGUGCCCAACAUCACCAUCGGGCCGCUGGUCGUGGAUGCACUGCGCAAGAAGUACCCCGACGCCGUGAUGGACUGCCACCUCAUGAUCGUGGAGCCCGAGAGCCGCAUCGAGGACUUCGCGAAGGCGGGGGCCGACAUCAUCUCCGUCCACUGCGAGGCCGCGUCGACGAUCCACCUGCACAGGACCGUCCAGAGCAUCAAGAACCUGGGCUGCGCUGCUGGGGUCGUCCUCAACCCUGGCACGCCUCUGUCGGCCAUUGAGUACGUCCUGGAGGAGGUCGACCUCGUCCUGAUCAUGUCCGUCAACCCCGGCUUCGGCGGCCAGAGCUUCAUCGAGAGCCAGGUCGACAAGAUCAAGGAGCUGAAGGCCCUCUGCAAGGCGAAGGGCGUGGACCCGUGGAUCGAGAUCGACGGCGGCGUCGGCCCCGCGAACGCCUACAAGGUCGUGGAGGCGGGCUGCAACGCCAUCGUGGCCGGCUCCGCUGUGUUCAACGCCCCCGACUACGCGGAGGCCAUCGAGGGCAUCCGCGCCGCCAAGGCGCCCGCCAUGGCCUGACGGCCAGGUGGCAGCCGACGGUGUGCGGCGGCAAGUUUUCGAGGAAGCAGGGCUGACGGCUCUGCCGAUCCUGCUUUUGAGCGCUAUCCUGCGCGCCGCGCGAGCUUGGCGUCCACAUGAAUCACGCCAAGCACAAUCAGCUCGGGCGGUGCACAUCGCUUCAGUGGGCCAGGCAGUUGGUUCGAUAGGCGGGUGGCUUGUCCCUGUGCCACGGCCGACACUGUCGUAGCCCUCGGCUCCAGGCCAGAUCAUUUUAGAGUCAGCUCUAGACACCAUCUCGUUGUGGAAUAAUAAAACACAGGUGAGGAGUUGCGCCUGCUUCCGCUCCUGCUCUGGG